AUGGAAGGUGACAACAAAAACGAAAACAGCUGCCCUGGAUACCCCCGACCCGUGAGUCAUGGCAAGUUUGCACGUCCCAAGUCCUCUGGUAACAACGGCACCGACAUCAUCGGCUUCUGUAGCAUCGAUACCACAGAUGUGGUCACUCUAAUCCCCCCCCUGGACUUCUCAGGCCUCAAAAAAAUAGAUACACAAUGGUGGUCGCCUCUCGCUUACGACUGCAACGCCAACGAAGCUGAUGAAUCGCUAGAAGACAUUGUGGCCAAGGGUGAUUUGGCCAAGUACCUGGUGGAAGUGGACCGCCCGAAACCUUCCAAUCCCACUCCUUACGACCGUGACCCAGUCUCCGACUACCCAGACACAACAGAUACACCAAAAGUGACACCGAGGCGCAGCACCCUACAGGCCACACGAUGA